GGCCAGCAGCGCCCCCUCCUGGCCCCUGCGCUCCGGGGCUGGGCACAUCCCGCCCGCCCAGGUGCCACCGGAGCGCACGCAGCUCCCAGUGUUCUCCCGGGCCCCGGGCUCCGCGCCGGAGGAGAGCUGGGGCGGCGGCGGCGGGAGCGGCGGCGACACGCGAGGGGCGCGGUGCCCGCCCUGCCCCUUUCUGCCCGCUUGCUGCGGCGAGCGCCGGGCGCCGGCUGGAGCGGGGCUGGGGGUGCCGCGCCCGCGCUGCGCCGCACGCCGGGGAGGUGCUCGCGGACGCACCUCGCGGGCGAGCGGCGGCUGCACCGAGCCACCGGCUCCUGGGUGGACCCUCCGGUGGGCACCGCGCCCCAAGCCCUGUCGGGUCUCGAGCGGCGGCGGCGGGCGGCUCGGGCCCGUGGCCCUCCAGCCUCAAGUCUGGGAGCUCCCGGCCUCACUCUGCCGCUGCCUAUGGGGAUCCGAGAGUUUCCCGGCGGCACACCCAGGGGGAAAAGCAUCACCAUUGGCAUGAGGAGGUCACCGGAUGUCAGUCCCCGGAGACUGUCUGACAUCAGCCCCCAGCUCCGGCAGCUCAAAUACCUGGUGGUGGACGAGGCAAUCAAGGAGGAUCUGAAAUGGUCACGGUCCGUGGAGGAUCUCACCAGUGGACCCGUGGGGCUCACGUCCAUCGAGGAGAGGAUCCUGCGCAUCACCGGCUACUAUGGCUACCAGCCCUGGGCAGCGAGCUACAAAAGGGAGGAGCGCCCCCGGGAAUCCCCGGGCCCUGCUGAGGCCCAGGCGCCGGCAGGAGGGGAGGCCGGCGGGAGAACGAGCACCCACUGCUGGAGAUGCUCGCAGGAGCAGCUCAAGAAAGUCUUCUGGGGCGUGUUGGUGGUGCUGUGUGUGUGCUCGUCGUGGGCCGGCUCCACGCAGCUCGCUAAGCUGACCUUCAGGAAGUUCAAUGCUCCCUUCACCCUGACUUGGUUCGCCACCAACUGGAACUUUUUAUUCUUUCCACUGUACUACGUGGGGCACGUCUGCAAGUCUGCAGAGAAGCAGUCUGUGAAACAGAGAUACAGGGAAUGCUGUCGAUUUUUUGGAGACAAUGGCUUGACAUUGAAGGUGUUUUUUACCAAGGCAGCACCCUUUGGUGUUCUUUGGACACUCACAAACUACCUGUACUUACAUGCAAUAAAGAAAAUAAACACUACGGAUGUCUCCGUGUUGUUCUGCUGCAACAAAGCUUUUGUGUUCUUGCUCUCAUGGAUCGUUCUCAGGGACAGGUUCAUGGGAGUGAGGAUCGUGGCCGCUAUCCUUGCCAUUGCUGGGAUUGUGAUGAUGACCUAUGCAGAUGGCUUCCACAGUCACUCUGUAAUCGGCAUAGCACUGGUAGUGGGCUCUGCAUCCAUGUCUGCCCUCUACAAGGUUCUGUUCAAGCUGCUUCUGGGCAGUGCUAAGUUUGGAGAAGCCGCCUUAUUUUUGUCUAUUUUGGGUGUAUUUAACAUCCUCUUCAUCACCUGUAUUCCUGUCAUCCUUUACUUUACCAAAGUGGAAUAUUGGAGCUCUUUUGAUGACAUUCCAUGGGGAAACCUUUGUGGAUUUUCAAUCCUCUUAUUGACAUUCAAUAUUGUAUUAAAUUUUGGAAUUGCUGUUACAUAUCCUACUCUGAUGUCUCUUGGAAUCGUCCUCAGUGUACCUGUGAAUGCAGUGGUAGAUCAUUACACCAGUAAAAUUGUCUUCAACGGAGUCCGAGUCAUCGCCAUCGUCAUCAUCGGCCUGGGCUUUCUCCUCUUGCUCUUGCCUGAGGAGUGGGAUGUCUGGUUGAUUAAGCUGCUCACACGCCUCAAAGUGAGGAAGAAGGAAGAGACAGCUGAGGGCAGCGCAGACCUGGGCUCAGGACCUCAGAACAAGAACCGAAGAGCCCGCCCUUCCUUUGCCCGCUGAGGGCCGGCUCUCUAGAACUCUGGUGAACACUCCUGAUCAAAGAUUUAGAGGUCUACUCCUGCCAGGGGAAGCCUCAGUUCGAUAAGGUGUACAUACUUGUACAGUUCUGGUAAUCUGCGGUAAGUUACACGGUAUUUAUUGGCAUGUCCAACUUGCUUGCACUUUUUUCACAUCAGACCUUUCACUUAAGGGUACCAAUUCCGAACGAAAGAGAAAAAGAGGAACCGCUCAGCUCUUUUCAAAUGAAUGUAAAGCAGGUUAAAAUUAUCCACGCAAAGAUUGUUUCAGAUGACAGACAUUCUUGACAAGGCAGGACAAAUGUUUUGAAUCUUAGCAACUGAAAAUUAUAUUGCACACUGUGAUUAUUUCUCAGCUAUGGUAGGUCAUAUUUUGUUUUAUACCAGAGCUGUACUCUUAAUUUUAUGGAAUUUCACUGAACCAAAAGAUAACUAGGUUAAUUUGGAGGGUGAAUGGAUGGGAUGUGAAGAGGUGAAACAGAAAGGAAUAAUGGACAUCAAAAAUUGUCUGCUAUGACUAAUCUGGGGUUGAUGAGUGGAAGAGGACAGGCCUGAGCCAGGUACAGAGGGAAAAGUUAAGUCAAGCCCCAGUCAGUUUGCUCUUACAUGUUUUUCUGUGUAAGAUCAUGCAGGAGAAAUUACAGUGCCUUCUACAGAUUUUUGUCUUUACCUAUGUGAAGCGAGGUGACAUUGUAAGUCACUGGCGCCGUCUUAUAAUUUAGAUGUAGAAAUAUUUAGAAACAAAUAAAAUUAUAUGUGUGUACGUACAAAAAUGACAAAGCUAAUGACCAGUAUAACGGAACAUGGUUUAUGAUAUGCAAUGUGCAUAGAAGGUAGACUAUAGAGGAGGUGAAUGGCUGGUUGCUUUUACUUCAUGACUAAGAAGGGGCAAUUAUUUACUGAAUCUGUAAACCUUUUUAUGACACUUUUAAAGCAACGGGCUGUUUACUUACACACUUUAGGUCUGCCAGAAAAAUUCUAUCUGUGAUAGAUCUGUAAAGAGGGAUAAGGGGGGUAGAGUUUACUAUUUUUGAAGUUUACAUUGUUACAUAAGAAAUGGAAAUAUUAUUUUGAAAUGUUGUCAAAAUCCAACCGGUGCGCUCUGUAACCAUGGAGUCUUUCUCGUUUCAUAGGGCAAAGGGGCACUCAUGACCUGAACUUUUUAGCAAAUUAUUCUUCUCAGUUUCCAUUACCUGUUUGCCCAAACAGAUUAAUAAACCGUUUUAAAAAGCAGCUGGCAGUGUCUUGAUGACUGCUUUGUGAGUUUCCCCACUGCACUUAUUCUUUUUGCUACAGAUCACAGCCUUUGCCUUCUUCCCCAGGCUGACAAGCUCAUGGCAAUUCCCACCUUCCUACAGCUUUACACCUACCCAACCUCAUUAAGGCAAUAUUUUCUAUGAGGUCAGGUGGGUUGUUUUGCAUUUUGCAUUCAUUUGUAAAAGUUAACUUCCUUCCAGUAAGUUUGGAGACCCUGUUUCCCUCCCUCCUUCUCCCUUGUCCUCUAGAUACCUUCCCUCUGCGCAGAUCUGAGUAUUCCUUCUAUCUUCCUUUCUUAGUCCUCUUUUAUGCUGAACACAUAGCUCCUCUAAGAAGCACUCUAGUCCCUAAAUGAUAAUUUUCCAGCUCAACUUCCCACUGAACUACUUCCUUGGGGGCUGACUAAUUUGAAUUUGAGAGAGAAUUUGAUAUCCCGGGCUUUGAUAAUAUGUACAUCACUGUUCCAGCAGCCAUGGUCAGGACCAUGUUAUCUGUUAUCUCUCAUUAUAUUGCUACCAAGAUCUGGGUUUUCUAAGACAGAAUGAGAACAGAGAGAAGAUUAAGAGCCUUUAAAAAAAAAACUCAUCCUACCACGACAAUUAUAGUGUCUAUGCACCAUGCACACUUGAUAUGUGGGAUACACCCUGAAGCAUCUAUCAAAAGCAAAAAGUGUUCUUUUCAAUGAGUCUGCUGUAUCCUACGAUGGGGGAAUCUCUUAACCCCUUCUGGAACCUGAACCAGCCAUUUCUACUAUUUUAUCUUAAGCUCCAGACCCUUCCAGUUAUCCCUGGAAGGCAAAAAGAUUGCCCCUGUAAAUCACAAUAGGAAAAAAUAGGAAAACACUAAAUGAAAGUUACUUUUUUCCCAUUGGGCAUAAAACUGAUGAAAUCAACAAAAAUAAAAGUAAAAACUCUAUGAAGUAUUUGUUAAUAGUGUGAUGUGCAAUUGCCCUAAUGUGCAAUAGCCAAGGGUGAACACAACCAAGGUGUUCAUCAGUAGAUGAAUGGGGUAUACGUAAUGGGCCUUUCCAUCUUCAAAAAGAAAAUCUCAUUCACCCUGUGACAGGGGAACACUUUGAAGACACGUAUGCCAAUGAAAUAAGCAAGUUGCAAUAAGGAAGAAGGAAAUCAUUCCAAUUAUAAGUUUCUUAGAAUAAUAAUCUCCAUAGAGAUAGAAAGAGAAAUGAUGAUUACUGGUGAUAGGAAUGAGGAGUUGUUUUCCAGUGGCCAUGAGUUUCAGUUUUAUAGGAUGAAAAAUGUCUAUAAAAAGGAAGAACAAAGUUCAGAUUAUGGUAAUUACUGCAAAAAACACAAUAAAUUUACUUAAAUUUGAAAAAUUGUGUCCUUAAAAGAGUAAAUUUUAAUGUUUGUUAUUGUGAUAAUAGAUAAAUAUAUGAGUAAAGUAUGUUUUUAAAAAAGUUGAAAACCUUAGGAGUGAUUUUAAUACUCACAUGAGUUGGAGUAAGGAAAGAGACAUCUGAGAAAUUUCCUUGAAAAGUGAAUACAAGCAUCCUCCCAAUACCCAACAAUAUUUCAAAGACUUGGAUGAACUGUAGCAAAUUUGGUAGAGAUUCAUAAACAACAGAAAAUGCUAGAAAGGAGUUUCCUCUGGUCAAUGACUUUGGGAAGCAAUCACUGUUGUCUGAUUGUCCCCCCUCUAGAGGGCGCUCUCAGUGACUGAUGGAUUUCUCUGUUCACAUAAGGACAGAAGAUUCAGAGUUCUACCACUGCUGAAUGCUUAAAGGCUCAAUCUGUACAAUCUCUUUUGUACAGUUUUUUCAGAAUGUGGUCACUGGGGUAAGUGGGCAUAAACUAACCAGUCCACCCUCCUUGCUAUCAAGCAAGGAUUUUUCUAACCCACACCUGCUAUUCAGACCAACCCUGAUUUCUUUUCCAGAGCCAUCCAAAACAAAAAAGAAUCAAAGAGAGAUCAUGGUCAGAAUCCUUGAAGAACCGGUGUUUUUUCCAAAUCUAGUUUAAAAUAUGUAAUAUUUAUCAUUAUUUUUUAACUAAGUGAAUUUUUCCUAAAAUUAGAAAAUUAGGUUAGGAAUUAGAUCCGAUCCUAAAAUUAGAACAGAUGGUUGAACAAUUCUGUGACUAUGCUAGAAUUCUAUGAAUUAAAUAUUUCAAAUGGAUGACAGUAUGGAAUGUGAAGUAUAUUUUAGUACUCUGAUUUAAUUAAUAGGUGACACAUGAAAUUAUUUAAUCCUUGAAGUGAUUCCUAUUUGAAGUAGCAUCUUGCCAUUUCUGCCUAAAGAAUGAAUUUUCUAUCUUAGACUCACCCGAAGACCAGUGGCAGAAGAAGAGAUUUGAACUGUACUUGGCUAAGGGCAGCCCUCCCAGCACUUUUUCUGUGAACUGAGAAAUACCAACUCCAAGAAACAAUCCAGAAAGGUCAUGUUCACCAGUCAGUACCCAAGGUUCUGACUGUGGUUCAGUAUUCCUCUCACCAAGUGGAGUUCCAUGGCUUCUGCCUUUUUCCAAACAGAUCCUCCAAACUCCCACAGUCCCACAGAGCCAUGAAAGUAAAUAAGCUAUUUUGCUUAAGAAGACAUGGUUUCCUGUUGCUUGAUUCCCAAGAACUCCUGGGAUCAAGCAUGUGGGAGAAAACUGGAAUAUUCAAAGAAAAGCUAAACUUUUAUUUAUUUGGGACUGUAUUUGUUUUUCACUUCAUCUGUCCCAUUUCUUAAAAGUGAACUCAGUAAGGCCCAAGAAUGAAGAAUAAGUACAUCAUACUUAAAUGAUAAAGGGGUUAAAAAUUUCUUCACAGUGCAUUAAUAUUUUUAAAUUUUAAACAUUUUCCUUGACAUAGUUUUUAGGUACUCAACAUAAAUUCUUAAGAAAUACAUUUUUAAGUUAAAUUAGUGUAAAUUUUAUUUCAAGAAAAUCUGUCAAAAAUAGUUACUAGAAUCAUAUAUGAUGAGAUUUUUUUUUGUAAUUGUAAUGUAAUGUGUUGCAAAUGAAAAUGAUAACAAAUUGUAAGUUUCUCUUCUUAUUGGAAAAAUAUGUUACCUGUAGAAAAGGUAGACAUACCCAUAAACACACAAUGUGCAAUAAUAGCUACAAUUUUACUAGUAGCAGUAGUGACAGAAGUGGCAAUAGCCUCUGAGCUUUGCCAGGGGCACUUUUUCUCUGACAGUUACAAGACAGAGGUAGGAACCUAAGUGAAUCUGCUUCGCUUUUCAACAGUUUUUAUAUUUUCAUAAAGAAGACUCUAAAGUAGAAAGAAACAAAUUAUAAUGACCUUCCCAUCUUUUUCUCUAGGGUUGCCUUGAAUAUUUGGGGGCAGUGGGGGUCUAUUGCUCUAUAUAAAUUUCAGCAGUUACUAGAUUUGGUCUUUUUAAAAUGUCACAGGGAUUUUUAUAGGAGCUGCAUUGAAUCUGUAUAAUGAUUUGGGUAAAAUUGUCUUUUUGACAAUAUUAAUCCUCUAAUAAUCAGGAGAUGUUUCCAUUUUCUCAUAUGCUUUUUUAUUUUCGUGGUAAUUUAUGGUUUUGUUUGUUUUUUAAUAAAUCUUUCGCCACUUUUGACUAAGCUGAUUCCAGGUAUUUGAGUUUCUAGGCACAAUUGUGAAUGAGAUUUUUAAAAAUUUCUCUUUCUUCUAUUUCUCAAUUUAGAAAAUGAGAAUUUUUAAAAAAAUACAUCCAUUUCUGUGCAGCCUGCCACUUUACAAGUCUAUUUUUUCUAGAAGCUUUUUGUUGGAGUCUUUCCUGGAUUUCUUUUUGUUGGAUCUCUUGCCCUACCUUAGAAGGAAGGCUUUCAGUUUCUCACCAUUGAGAAUGAUGUUUGAUCUUAUGAUAAAUGGCUUUAACUAUGUUGAGCAAAGCUCAUUCAACUACUUUAUUGAACUUUUUUGUCAUGAAUAAGUGUUGGAUCUUGUCAAAUGCUUUCUCUGUCUCUGCCAAUAUGAUUAUAUGAUUUUUACUUUCCUUGUAUUAAUGUGGUGUAUUACAUUGAUUGACUUGUUUAUAUUAAACCAGCCUUGCAUCCCAGGA